AUGAUGCUCACCAUCAAACAGCCUUCAGCUCCGUACGGCUACAAGUCCGUUCAUGAUCUGCCGACGCCUCCUGCCACUUCGCGGCCCUCCCCCCCCUUGAGCCACCAGGAGGUCGCUUAUAAGCCGAUUACGACUGUUUCCCGCGGCCACAGCCCGGUGAACCAGCUCAUGUCGGCUCCCCAUCGGGGCCUGCCCCCUCCGGCGGCCAUGGCACUUCCUCCUCAGCAACCCCCUCCAGCAGCCAAUGUCCCUUCUCAGCCGCCGCACCACAGCCAGCCUCAUGGCCCGUUGGCCCACGCUCCUCCUCCGCCCGGACAGGCAUGGACGACGCUCCCGCCUCCGCCGCAACAAUGGCAAGGAGCCGAGGAGUCGAUGAGGAACUGGCUCCUGGCAAGGGCGGAGGAGGAGAAGACGAAGCAGGAGGAAGAGAAGACAAGGCAAGAGAGCCUGCGUUUGGAGCAGCGGCGGGUCGAGAUGGACAUUCUACGAGCCUCGCUUGGCGGAGGCAUCCCGCCGCCAAUGGUCCCUUUGGUGUUUGCGGGCAUGGGAGCCGGUGGCACAUUACCACAGGCGGCCCUUGAAUGGGCACAACAGUUUAUGCAACCAUCUCAGGGCCAGUAUCCUCAGCUGCCUCCGCCUCAACGCCAGCAUUCGCCAGAUCACCACCAACGUGAAGCUCCACCACACCCGCCAGGGCAGUAUCAGGCGCCGCCAUCCGCGGCUCCAGCACAAGCGCACGCAACAGGGCCAUAUGGACAAUUCCCUGGAUCCCCAACCAGGCCGAGGGGUCAGACCGUGAGCGGCGUCGCCGGUCGACCAAUGGCGCCUUUGCCCGGCGCAGGCGGAAAUCCACAACAGCCCUCGCAAGCCAGCGCAGCGCCGAUACCGCCGUACCAGACUCAGGGGCAGGCGACGCAGCAAGACACGAGCCCGUCCAUCUACUUCCACCAUUGGCAACCACCGACUUCGCAGGCAGGGAGCAGCAGCUCGAACAGACCGGGAACUCCGUCUGGUUCGUCUAAGACUAAGAGAAAGCGAGACUCGCUGUAG